CCGAGCGGAGGCCGCAGAACCCCGCAAGGCCUCGAGGCGGCGGGCCCGGCUCCCGGUGCGGUGGCGGCGGGCCCUCGCAGGUGCUGGAGGAGGGAGGGAGGGCCUGGGUCGCCUCGUGGGGCGGCCGGCGCGGCUUGUCAGUAUCGGGUCUGGUUUGCUGAGCGAGGCGCCGUUGUGGGCGCGGGACGGUCUCGGCGGAAGGCAGACGGGGCAGGCGGCUCGCCUGCGGCGGCACGUCCGAGGUGAAGCGGUGCCCCUGGCCGCCUGGGGGGGUCGCUGCCCUCGGUCCCAGCUUCGAUUACCCAGAAGGCAAAAUGAGUGUCAAAGCUUUCAAGCUCGUUUCUGCUGUUGAGCGGGAGAUGUUAAUGGGAGACAAAGCUCACAUCAACAUUGAAUGCAUUGAGUGUUGUGGAAAGAACCUCUAUAUUGGAACCAACGACUGCUUUAUCUAUCACUUUCUCUUGGAUGAAAAGAUAUCAACAUCUGGAAAAAUAACUUUUGCUGCCACCAAGCAGCUGCAUAAAUACCUGGGCUUCAAGAAGUCUGUGAGCGAGCUAAAGGCAGCUUCUGCACUCACCAGGCUUCUUGUGCUUUGUGACAACACAAUAACACUAGUUAAUAUGAUGAACUUGGAACCGGUUCCCACUGGAGCUAGAAUAAAAGGAGCUGUGACAUUCACAUUAAACGAAAAUCCUGUGACUGGGGACCCUUUCUGCGUUGAAGUCUGCAUUAUUUCAGUCAAGCGUCGGACCAUUCAAAUGUUCAUGGUGUUUGAAGACAGAGUCCAGAUAGUGAAGGAAGUAUUUACUCCAGAGCAACCGUAUGCUGUGGCUGUGGAUGGUCAUUACUUAUGCCUUGCGCUUACUACACAAUAUAUCAUACUGAAUUAUAACACUGGCGUCUCCCAGGAUCUAUUUCCUUAUUGCAGUGAUGAGAAACGGCCAAUUGUGAAAAGGAUAGGCAGACAGGAGUUUCUGUUGGCUGGCCCUGGAGGGCUAGGCAUGUUUGCAACUGUAGAUGGCAUUUCACAGCGUGCCCCUGUGCACUGGUCGGAGAACGUGAUUGGAGCAGCCUUGUGUUUUCCUUACGUGGUUGCUCUAGAUGAUGAGUUCAUUACAGUGCACAGCAUGCUGGACCAACAGCAAAAGCAAUCCCUACCUUUUAAAGAAGGUCACAUUCUACAGGACUUUGAAGGCAAGGUAAUUGUUGCUACUAAUAAGGGUGUAUAUAUCUUGGUACCACUACCUUUGGAAAAACAGAUUCAGGAUCUUCUAGCUAGCCACAGAGUGGAAGAAGCCCUUGUUUUAGCAAAAGGAGCUCGAAGGAAUAUUCCAAAAGAGAAGUUUCAGGUAAUGUAUAAACGAAUCCUGCAGCAAGCAGGUUUUAUUCAGUUUGCACAGCUUCAGUUCCUUGAAGCAAAAGAGCUGUUCAGAAGCGGCCAGCUUGAUGUCCGGGAGCUGAUCUCUCUCUACCCCUUCCUGUUGCCUACUUCCUCUUCAUUUAUACGGUCUCAUCCCCCUCUGCAUGAGUAUGCUGACCUAAACCAGCUGACACAAGGGGACCAGGAGAAGAUGACAAAAUGCAAACGAUUCCUCAUGAGCUACUUAAAUGAAGUCCGCAGCACUGAUGUUGCAAAUGGCUACAAGGAAGAUAUUGACACAGCUUUACUGAAGUUAUAUGCGGAGGCAAAUCAUGAAAGUCUUCUGGAUCUGCUAGUUUCUGAGAAUUUUUGUCUUUUAACGGAUAGUGCUGCCUGGCUGGAAAAACACAAAAAGUAUUUUGCCCUUGGUCUCCUGUAUCACUACAAUGGUCAGGAUGCUGCAGCACUUCAGUUAUGGGUUAAAAUAGUUAAUGGAGACAUUGAAGACUCUACACGUUCAGAUCUCUAUGAAUACAUAGUGGACUUCCUUACUUUCUGCUCAGACCAAGAUCUAGUGUGGAAAUACUCUGAAUGGGUUUUACAGAAAAAUGAAGAGGUUGGAGUACAGAUUUUCACUAAAAGGCCUUUGGAAGAGCAGGAAAAAAACAACAUUAAUCCAGAUGAUAUCAUCAGUAGCCUUAAGAAAUAUCCUAAGUCACUUGUUAAAUAUCUAGAACAUCUAGUGUUAGAAAGAAAAAUAGAGAAGGAGAAGUACCAUACCCAUCUAGCUGUCUUGUAUUUGGAAGCAAUACUUCAGUUAAAAACUGUGGCAUCAGAUAAUUGUACAGAAACAACUGAACUGUUGUUUAAACUACGCAGUCUUCUUCAGAAAUCUGAUCUCUAUAGAAUUCACUUUAUUUUGGAUAAAAUCCGGGGCACAGAUCUUCAUAUGGAAAGUGCAAUUUUAUAUGGAAAACUAGAAGAACAUGAGAAAGCUUUGCAUAUCUUGGUCCAUGAGUUAAAGGACUUCGGUGCUGCUGAAGAAUACUGUAUAUGGAACUCUGAGAAUAGAGAUUUGCAGUACAGACGGAGGCUUUUCCAUAUGCUGCUGUCAGUAUAUCUAAAUACAGGCACUGCAGACUGUGCAGUAGUCAUGGCUGCUGUGGAUCUCUUGAAUAACAAUGCUGCUGAAUUUGAUGCAGCUCUAGUUUUGCAGCUAGUGCCUGACAGCUGGUCAGUACAGCUCCUCUCCCCAUUCCUGGCUGGAGCAGUGAGGCAAAGCAUUCAUACAGAAAGAAUGACUCAGAUUGCACUUGGAUUAGCACAAGCUGAAAAUUUAAUCUACAAACACGAGAAGGUUAAACAAAAAGGAACUCCGGUGGUUCUUUCAGAUAAAAAGGUCUGUCAGGUGUGCCAAAAUCCCUUCUGUGAGCCUGUAUUUGUGAGAUACCCAAAUGGGGGUAUGGUCCACACACACUGUGCUGCAGACAGACAUCUGAAGUCAAACGUGACUCAUCACUCUUCCAAAUCCAGCAAUCAAACUUGAAAUAUGUUUCAGAUCCCAUGACUUUUACACCAUUGGAAGUGGGCUGGAAAAAGAACAAUGUGCAGCUACUUUAGGUAUAAAUCAAGUUGAACAAAUAGCCCUUGGGUUAAUGGGAAGACUCUAGUAAAUAUGAAAUCUGGCCACUUACCUUGUUUUCUAAUGAAUGUAGAUAAAAGAAAAUUCACUACCAGAAAUGGAGAGAUUCAAAUAUAGGCUCUUUUGUAUAUAGUAAUAAACAAUUAAAGAAAAUGAGCCAUUUCUUCACAGUAAAGAUGAACGUUAGGGAGAUAAGGCAAACAGCUAUUUUAAGAAAUGUCACUUUGCACUGAACGUGGUGUUGAUAAAUUUGUAGAGGUGGAGAUGACAUCUAUGGGAAUUGAAAUUCUUGGAAUGUUAUAUGACAAAACUGGCAUAAUGCCGCUUGUUAUCAAGACAAAAAUGUGUGCUGGUUACAAUGCUGGCUGCAACAUGUCCUCCUUUGGGCUAGAUUCUCUUCCCGGGGAUCACAUUAUGAACUUGUUCUUUGCUCUACAAAUUGUUGGCUUUUGCACUUUUUAGGGUGUUUUUUUUUUCUCCCCCUCUCCUCUGCUGUAUAGGAUUUAACAAACUUAAGCACUGGUCUGUUAGAUUUCUACUCUUAUGGUUAAUGUAAAAAAAACUCAGUGGGAACUGAUAGUCUCAGUCACAGGUGUGCUUGAAAGAGAAAUGAAGUCAGAGUGUCUGGUCAGACUAUAGUCACUUUUAUAUGGGGGAAAGACUUUAAUAUUGAUUUAUUUAUUAAUAUGCAAAGAUACUGUACAUACAGUUGAAUAAAUUGAUCUUAUAGAAUUUUCUUGGUGGAUAAAGAUGUAGCUGAUAUGUAAGUGUACAGGUUAUGUGACAAAUGUUUGCUAUAACAUAACUUAACAGACUGGAACUCCACAAGAGUAGAUAUUAGUACUUGUGGAUAACUUUGUGCAAUCAAAAUCCCAGAAAGAGAAAAAUUAAUUGGGAAGACUGCAAAGGUGCACUACAGUGUUACUGCAUUUAGUGUAUUUUACUGAAAAUUAUUAAUAACAUACUUCUCAACAACAGCAAAAUCACUUAUUUACUGCCCUGAUAAGUAUUCAAGAUGCUAUUUAACUGUUUUUACAGCAAUUAGUUUAAAAGAGGCAGUUUCCCACAAGAGAGGUUUAGAAACAAAGAUUUUUAAUUAAACUUGAGUAUUGAAAAGUCAAAGUAUUUCUCUUAAUUCCGUAACGCUGUAAUAAAUGUCAAGCUUACUGAACAACACACACAGUUCAAAGAUUCAGUAUGGCUGCUUGCUGUUUUAGCAUUACAAAUUGGAGUUCAGACUUUCAGCAAAAUGGGAUAGCUGCCCAGUAUCUUCUAGAUGCAAUCUCAGCAUAGGUCUCCUGUUACAGAAAGGCUGGCUCAUGAAACAGCCUUGUAAACUUAGUGUUGCAUCCAGGAAGAAGCAACCAGAUGGCAUCCAGGAAAAAAAACAAUCCAUAUCUUUGUCUUGGAAACAAAAGUUCUUUGGAUCUUUCCUUCCUUCCUGAGUGUGAUAUUAGAGCAAUUGUGCAGGGUAGAAAAGUUGAAGUAAGGAGUGUUAGCACUUUCUACUAAGAUGUGAGCUAUGUUUAGUAAAAAGAGCUCCAAAAAAGAGGACAUCUGUGGACAUUUUUGACUGAAUUCUGGCAUGAGUGAUUCUCCUGUGUUACGCUGAUAUGAACAGAAUCUUCUGUCUGUGUUUCUGGCUUUUAAACAUUGUAUUCAAACAGCAAUGAUGAAGUAGAGAAAUUACAGUUCCCUAUACUCAAAAUAUUGACUGAUAGAGAGAAGUUGACUUUACAAAGAUCUGAUAAACCUUUUGUGUAUAGUAGCAUGCAGUUCAUAGAAAAUAUUUUCUUUUGCUGCAAACAUCCUCAGCAUACCCUUUGUUUCUAUUUGAUAAGGACAUAAUAAAACAAACAUCAUUAUCCAUGGUUAAGGCUAGUUCUAGCCACUAGGUAGUGGUGAACUUGUCAACUAGUCUUGUCAACUAGUACUGCAGCUGAAUAGAGCUCAUAUCAUUCCAGACUACAAGGUAAGGUCUUAAACUGUUAUUGUGUAAGAAGGUGUGGCAUUAAUAUUUGAUGUUCUCUAAAUAAGUAUUUCAGCUAAAAUGCAGCUAUAACUCGUAUCUAAUUAUACAUACAGAACAAAUACAGAAAUCGGAAUAAAGUAGCACAUUUGCAAUCAUAGAUGUCCUAAAGGGUAAUUAAUGUUUAAGUUUAGGGAUCUAACUAUUUUACACCCUCCAGAAAUGUGGUUUAAAAAACAAAUACUAACACUUAAUUCAUACAUUUUUACCUAUUUUUUAAGUUUUGUACUAGAACUCAUUUGGAUGAAUUCAUAUGAAAAGCCUGCAGUAAUAAAAUGAAAAAGUGAAGAACUGGUAGAGCAAGAGCAGCCAGGUGGGUAGGACACUCGCCAGAGAGGGGGCAGUGUAGGGGCAACUCCAGUGUGUUUACAGCUAUGAUCAGACUCCACAGGAGGAGGUGGCUGCCCACAUCAGUGUGCAUGGUGGCCUUUAUUUUAUCAUCAGAAACCUUAUGGAAGGGUUCUACAUUACAUUUUUUUUGCCAUUUUUUCCUCCUCCCCUUAAACUGUCAUUUUGCUAAUUCGUGUUUUGUGUGCCUGCAGUCCUGGGCCAGCAUUGCUGCUUAGGUAAGUUGUUCUGAUAUGCCUACAGUUGUAGUAACAGAAUGAUAAUCUAAUUAUUAAUUGCUGACUGGAUUCAGGAAGGAGGUGAGGCAGGAAAGGAGGAAUACUCCUUUGAUCAUGUUCUAAGUUUUGAAAUGAAGUGGAAUCGUGCUCUGGGAGCUUAAGCUUGAUAUGCAGUCUUUUUCUCUCUGGUUAGGAUGUGUUGUUUUGGACAUGGCUUUGGGGAAAAGGUUCAAUGAGAGUAUUUCUUCUUAAUUUAGCAUUUGCUGUAGUGAUUUCAUGAAUCUUUUGUGCCAUUUAGUUCGUCUCACUAAGCUUUUCUUCCAGUGAGCCCCCUCACCUUUGUUGCCUAGAGUUUGGAAACUGAAAUGGUACUGCAGUGGAGGUGUUUUUUUUGUUUGUUUGGGUUUUUUAAUGUGACAGAAUAUCUGUGAUUUAAGAUGUAACAGAUGAGGUUAGUCUCUCACAUCACGUUUGCAAAUGUUGAGAGAUGUUUACUUAACUUGUAACUUCUGAUUACAGAAAUUGUGCAACUGUCGUCUUUGGCCAUUCUGUGUUAUGGUGGCCAAUAGGUGCAGAAAGCGCAGGUUAAACCCCUUUCUGCCCCCCCCCUUUCCCAUCUCCAUUCUUCCUGUCAUAAAAAUUAUCUAUAAUGUGUUUAUGUUGUGCAGUAUUUUCCUCUAAGGCAAAAAGGGAAGAAAAAUAUGACGGACAUUGCUUAUCAGAAUCUGCCUCUGUUCAAAUUAAGAUAAACGGCUCUAAGAGUAUGGCAGUAGUUUGUUGGAUCUUUCUCUGAUUUAAAGAGAUGAGCAUCAUGUCAGUAAUAUUACAAGCAUGACGAUUGUAAAGUCACGAGAAAAUAGCAAUUUUUUGUUAGAGAAAGUAUACAGUAUGUAUCUAUAAACUGACUACUUCAGACAGCCUGUACUGUGGUGGCUUAAGUUUGGCACAAAAAUCCUGGCUACACUGAAAUUCUCUCUUUACUGCCUGCUACUCCCAACCUGCAAAAGUACCUUCCAACUUGUGUUAUCUGGUUAAUGUCACUUUUUUUUUAAUCGUUUAAUUGACAUGGGUGCAAAUUUUGAAUUCUGGAUGGACACCUCAGGCCCAUCUGUCUCUGUUCAAUAAGAUGUCACUUUAUUACACGAACAAUGUGAAAGCCUAAUAUCUGCAGCUAUAGAAAGGUGGUAGGGUAGAAUAUGGAUAUGUUUUCUGAAACUUUUAUCAAGUAUUUGAACACACAAGCAUUAUCCUGACUCUAUUUAAUCUUUAUUAAAAAAAAAAAAAAAAAAAAAAUUGCAGGAUUCUUAUCCUCAAUGACUUUAAGAAAUACUGUUUUAUACAAUUGUACUAAGUAAUUUUUAUUACUCUUCCCAGUUUGCUUCUGUCUUUUAUUACAUCCUACUGUUUAUAAUACUACAGGCAGUUAACUAAUACAUUUUCAUCAAGCUGUUCUCCUGUUGCCUGUAUUUACUAAUUAAUAAUAUUUCUCCUGCUUUAGAACACUUUAGGGCUUAUGCCUUGUCAACACUGAUUAUUAAAUGUGCUGCUACUUCUAAAGAGAAAAGGAGGAAAAAAAAUAAAGGUUAAUGACAUAAUGUGUGACUGAUUAUGCAACUGAAGCUCCACUGCAGUAAGUUAGUUCAAAUGGAAAUCUUUACUGUUAAUGCUUUCUGGCUUAAUGGUUAUGUUGGUGAACAUAUACAGCAGUAUGUGGAAUGUACAAAUGUAUAAAUAUGUUGAUUUUUAAUAAAAAAUCUUUUAAUUAAA